AUGGGUAUCUACGAGGGUGAAGACAAGGACAUAGAAGCUUUCAACGAGAAAUUGUUAGGAGGAUCAGGUGACUCCUUGCGCAGCAAGGUGCAUGAUACGGUGGACACGGUAGGAGACUCGCUGUCGUCGCUUUGGGAGAGUGCAAGCGGCGGAAUGGGUGACUUGUGGGGAGAAACCGGAUUUGCAGGUACUAUGGGCGAUGUUUUGGCCGGCUGGGGAUUUUUGGGUCCUCAGGGGCCCCAGGGCCCCCAUGGGGCCCAUGCGUCCAAUAGGGGCCCACUGACCGGUUUUGGUGACUGGGAGCACACCCACGGAUGGCCGCGGUUACAGGCGCACCGGACACCCUCAGACUCGCAAUUCAUGCGGUGUCAGGAUGAGAAGGGUCUUUCCGUAUGGGAUACGCGAGGCUGGUGGAGAUGCUUGUUACCUGCCGCUGCGAUGGAUUCGAAACUACCGGGCGCUAAGCAGCUCGAUUCUGUGCUUACGCGCGAGCGCGUUGAGAGCGACGUGCAUCACAACUUAGGACUUUUCUUUACGGACUAUUCGCGGUACCUCUUAUGGCGUUCUGCGUUGUUACGCGAGGCUGCUGAACGUCGUAAGCAACAACUAGCCCGCGCUGACGCGGCUCGUGCCAUGCGGACCACGACGCCCGAAGACCUGAUGGAUUUUGGUAAUGCUACAACGGCGCGUUCCGGUGAAGGUGCGAACAACGUAGUGGGUACUUCCGAAUACGUGACUUACAAUUCGACGUCGGAUGGUCAGGAACAAGUCAAGGAGACCAAGACGUUUUUCGCGGAUGGUUCCGUACGGGUGCGGUCGGAAACGACGAAAUCGAGUCCCGAGGGUAAACCACACGUGGAGUGCAAGGAACAGAUGUUGUCCAAGGAUGAGGCUAAGGACGGGUGGUUUUGGCGAAAGUAA